AUGUCAUGUGGCGACUCCCAUCCAAAAGGAUCUCUGUGUGACUUCCAAGCCUGGUGGCUAACAUACUUCGACUGGAGUGCCUUGGCCUGGGUUUGUCUCAUCACACUGAACCUGUACCUCAACCUGGUCAGAGAAAUAAGCACCAACAGAUAUGAGAUGCUGUACCACGUGUUGGCGUGGGGCGUCCCUUUGGUCAUGGCCUCCUUGCCUCUGCUCAAGGGUUACUACGGCCCCGCGGGAGCCUGGUGCUGGAUCACAGACAAUCACGUAGCCUGGAGAUUUGGGAUAUGGUACGUGCCUCUUUUCACACUCAUCUUCCUGAUGAUCUUCUGCUACGCCAGGAUCAUCUGCGUGGCCAAUCAGAGAAUGCAGUCAUGGUUGGGAACCUUCAACCCAGAGAGGGAGAGGCGUAAGGUGUCCUUGGCGGAGGAGAUCAAGCCGCUGAAGUGGUAUCCCUCCGUUUACCUGCUGGUUUCCCUUUUCCCCCUCAUCAACAGACUCCAUAACGCCUUGUACCCGGGGAAUCCAUCCUACCCCCUCAUCCUGUUGCACGUCCUCUCGGCGCCGCUUCACGGUUUGGCCAAUGCCUUCGUCUUUGGCCUGGACAGAGAUUGGUGGAGCGUGCUGAGCCCGACUGGCAUGCAGCUGGCUCUGCAGUCGCGGCUGUGUGACAGAACGCGAAUCGGAGAGUACUACCCCGGGGCGGUGCGCUACACACAGGCUGACCUGGCAGACCUCAGCGAUGACGACGACGACGACACCAACGUGCUCUUCUACUCCCCUGACAUGACCCUGAAAGACCGAGGGCCCUGAGAGAGAGAGCGGGCGAGCGGGGGAGCGCCAGACAAAGGAGGCACGGCGGAGGGUCGCAGGCAGCCACAGAGAAACGCAGCGGAUUAGAAACUGAGAAGGGAGGAAGAGGAGGUAGGCAGGGAAUGGAAGGGAAGAUUGGGGGGACAGUCAGGCAGAUAGAAGCCGGAGAUGAGCUGUCAGGUUCCAUUAUUAAUCCCCAUCCUUUACUAUUUAAUAUCCUAAAGACACACACAGCACACAUACCGAGCAGAGCUCCAGCUCCCUGCAACGCCGCCGUCAGAGAGGCUCUAAAGAUCCCCCUCAUGUUCGAGUCAUCGGCUGCAUCCCCAAACGUCUCCCAGCCGUUUCCCUCCCUGCACAGUUUGGUUCGACUCCUGCGCACUGCAGCAUCACAGCACACCAGAAAAUAUAAAUAAAUUUAAAAAAAAAAAAAAAAACAUAAAGGGCGGCUGAAAGGCAAUCAUAACAAGGUGUUCCUUUAGCAUG